AUGCUCAUAUAUGUGGAUGAUCUUUUGAUAACUGGAAAUGACAAUGAAUUGAUUGAAGAACUCAAAGGAAUUCUGAAUAGAAGCUUCAAAAUGAAAGAUCUUGGUGAACUAAGGCCUGCUGCAACUCCCUUGGAACAAAAUAAGAGGUUGGCUUUAGAACAUGAGCUAUUAAAGGACAAGACAAGUUAUCAAAGGUUUAUUGGGAAGUUAAUUUACCUCACCAACACAAGGCCUAAUAUUGCUUAUUCAGUACAAUUGCUGAGUCAAUUCAUGCAGAAACCAAGGAAAUUACACUUGGAUACAGCUUUGAGGGUGGUCAGGUAUAUCAAAAGCAGUCCAGGUCAAGGAGUGUUGUUGAGUACAGAAAGUCAAUGCCAACUUCAAGCCUUUUGUGAUUUAGAUUGGGCAACUUGCGCAAUGACUAGAAGGUCAGUAACAAGUUUUUGUGUGAAACUGGGGUACUCUUUGCUAUCUUGGAAGUCCAAGAAACAAAUACAAUUGCAAGGUCAUCUGCAGAGGCAGAGUAUCGUUGACUGUUACAGAAAUAGUGUGGUUAACAGGUUUGUUUAA